CGGUUCCCCGGGUCCGCCUCCCUCUCGUUGGUCGGCCUGCCGCCCUCUUCAUGGGCCUGGAGCUCUACCUGGACCUGCUGUGCCAGCCCUGCCGCGCCGUCUACAUCUUCGCCAAGAAGAUCGGCGUCCCCUUCGAGCUGCGCACCGUGGAGGUGCUCAAAGGUCAGCACAACAGCGAUGACUUUGCCCAGGUGAACCCCCUGAGGAAGGUGCCAGCCUUGAAGGAUGGGGACUUCACCCUGGCCGAGAGUGUGGCCAUCCUGCUGUAUCUUAGCCGGAAGUAUGAGGCCCCUGACCACUGGUACCCCCAGGACCUGGAAGCCUGCGCCCGUGUGGACGAGUACUUGGCAUGGCAGCACACGGCUCUGCGGAGCAGCUCUGCUAGGGGCUGGCGAGGAGCCCAGUCAAGCUGGAGCGGGCAGGAGCCUCUCCGUGCAGAACGGAGAGAAGUCAAGCAGAGCGAGUGUAGACCUUUGCUCCCCAAAAGGCUGGUCCGCAGACCAGGAGCGUCAGCGGCACCUGGGAGCUCAUGGACAUGCCGAGUCUCAGGCCCCACCCAAGCACACGACUCAGGAAUGAGCUCUGGAACCAUAUUCCAGAGCGAGUCCCAGGCGCAUGCCCCUAUGAUGCUCCCUGUGUUCCUUGGCGAACGGGUGCCCCCCGAGACAUUGGCAUCUACUCUGGCCGAGCUGGACAGGUGCCUGCAGCUGCUUGAGGACAAGUUUCUGAAGGACGAUGACUUCCUCGCGGGGCCCUGCAUCUCGGUGGCCGACUUGGUGGCCAUCACAGAGCUGAUGCACCCUGUCAGCGCCGGCUGCCACGUCUUCAAAACCCGCCCCAAGCUGGCGGCCUGGCGCCAGCGCGUGGAGGCGGAGGUCGGGGAGGACCUCUUCCAGGAGGCCCACGAGGUGGUCAUGAAGGCCAAGGACCUGCCGCCAGUGGACACUGCCAUGAAGGACAAGCUGAAGCCCUUGGUGCAGGUUUUGUUGUAGUGAGGAGGGGUGGGCCUGCAGCCGAUGGUGGAGACUGGUGUCAAAAUAAAGAGAUGGAGCUGCCCCUCUCCUUGGCCUUGAGCAA